AUGUCUGGGAACGACGAAGAGAAUGGUUCGGAAGAUGAUGAAGAAUAUAUACCCUCGGAUCCCGACGAGGAUAUCGAUGAUGAACAGCAUGAAAAUAGCGGAAGCAGUGCUGGUGAUGACGAUGCGAUAAACAAGGAAACGGAAGAUGAGCGACAGCAAAGAUUGAAAUCAUUAUUUGAGGAUUUCAUCGGAGAAAACGAUGCUAAACCAAAAUCAUCAACUAGUCAAGCACUACCCACUUCGACCGUCGAUGGUAAACAUGUAUCGAAAAUUAUGAGUGAAAUUCCGAAAUUAGCAGCAGAAACGGCUGACGAUAUUUUCGGUGGCGUAUCGAAUGAGAGCCAUGUUUUAUUGAAAAACAGACCAGAACCUUGUCAAAGAGAAAAGAAGCCAUCUGGGCUGGCACAUCGUGAAAAGAAAAGGGCUUUGGAUGGAUUAUCAAGCGCAAUUAGUGCCUUAUCGAAGAAAUCAAAAAUCAGUGUACUAGAAAAAACAGCACAGGAUUGGGGAGCUUUCAAAACGGAAACAGGAAUUCAGGAAGAAUUAACCAGUCAUAACCGAGGAAAGCAAGGCUAUGUUGAUCGUGUGGAGUUUUUAUCUCGAACGGAUUAUCGGCAGUUUGAAAUCGAACGUGAUGCUCGAAAUGCUGCUCGUAAGAAAUAA